CUGCGAAUAAGCAAAGCAGUCUUGCAGCGUGCGUGCAGUGCAAUUUCUUUCUGUGAAUAAGCCAUUAGCCAUUAGCCCGGCGACAACAAGAAACAAGCUCUGCCGGUCUUCAUUUCAUCCUCAGAUUCUUCUCACAUAUUUCCCACGGGAAAGAAGAUGACUGGGGAAACACGGACAGAAUUUAAGCUUCAAAACACGCCAGAUGACAGCAUUUCAUCUGUAAAGUUUGGACCCAACUCAGUCCAAUUCCUUUUGGUGUCAGCAUGGGAUGGAACUGUUCGCCUUUAUGAUGUCACGAGUAACACCUUGCGCCUCAAAUAUUCCCAUGACCACCCAGUUUUGGACUGUUGCUUUCAGGAUGCAGUUCAUUCAUACAGUGGUGGACUUGAUAACACUCUAAAAAUGUUUGAUUUCAAUAGUAAUACAGAAACUGUGGUUGGCACUCAUGACAGUGCCAUUCGUGCAAUCGAGUAUGCUUCAGAAGUGCAAGGUAUUCUCACAGGAAGUUGGGAUUCUACAGUUAAAAUGUGGGACCCAAGACAACCAAGAUGUGUUGGCACUUACAAUCAACCAGAUAAGGUUUACACAAUGAGUGUGUGUGGAGAGACAUUUGUUGUUGGUACAGCAGGAAGAAAAGUAAUUGUGUGGGACCUGCGUAAUAUGUGUUUCAUUCAGCAGCGAAGAGAUUCAAGCUUAAAAUAUCAAACACGCUGUAUCCGAUGCUUUCCAAACAAACAGGCUUAUGUUUUGAGCAGCAUAGAAGGCCGUGUUGCUGUGGAAUAUCUUGAUGUAAACCCAGAAAUACAAAAAAAGAAAUAUGCGUUCAAAUGUCAUCGUAUUAAGGAGGGUGCUAUUGAAAACAUUUACCCUGUCAAUGCAAUAAGCUUUCAUCAAACCUACAACACAUUUGCAACUGGAGGAUCAGAUGGAUUCGUGAAUAUAUGGGAUGGAUUUAACAAGAAGAGGCUGUGUCAGUUCCAUCGAUACCCUACUUCCAUAUCCUCUCUUUGCUUUAGCCAUGAUGGCACAGUUCUAGCUAUUGCCUCCUCUUACCAGCAUGAGCUGGAGACUCCCCCAGACCCUAUUCCAGAAAACAAUGUGUUCAUCAGAUAUGUUACUGAUCAAGAAACUAAGCCAAAGUAAGUUUCUGAAGAAGACAAAUUAAAUUUGUAUAAAGUUUCCUCAAUUUUUGUUUAACUGUUAAGUGUUCAGUAAUAGUGUUUUAAUGAUCUAUAAAGAGUGUGCCUCUGCAUCAAAUUAGUCACUUAAUGCAGUAGGUGCACUGCGUACUUACUGUUUUAAUUUGAUCAAUUUAGAGCAGUAUCUGUAAAUUGAUUAUACAUAUUUAGUUAUACUGUUGAGGCUUUUUUUAAGUUGAAAAGGAGGUAUUUUGUGUCUUGUACAGGAAUUGUAUGGCAUGUCAAAAAUAAAACAAGAAAGUUCUUUUAAA